AGGGCCCGCACCGUUUGCCUCGUUUGCCCUCGCACGUCUGUCUGACCUCUGCCGACGCUGCUUAGCGCAGUUCUUCAUUUAGGUUUGGAAUUUCGUCGAGCACCUUCCCUUCGUCCACGGGGCCGUCCUCGAAUCAUGUUCUUUCUGCAGAUUUCACUCGCUCUUCUCUCCUUGUUCUUCCCUCUCUUCUGGUGCUUGAGAUGUGCUCCGAAUGCCACUUUUUGAUUUCAAUUUGCGAUCUGAUCGACGAAAUAUCGCGCUCGGUGAAGAUGCAACACUUGAGGAAUGCGAUGGCGAAGCAUUGCCGUCUGAGCUGCUCACCACUCGGGCUUCCAGAGUUGUCUGCAGCAGGAAGAUCGCUCGAGGCACGGCGGCGUCAUUUUUGUGCAUCGUCAACCUCCGAAGAUUUCACAAGUCGCGUGCUCGAGGUGGUCAAGAAGUUCGACAGGAUCGACGCAAAUAAGGUGACUGAGAAAGCUGACUUCAGAAAGGACCUUAAUCUAGACAGCUUGGACAGGGUUGAGUUGGUUAUGGCAAUUGAACAGGAGUUCUCAGUUGAAAUCCCUGAUGAGAAGGGUGAUAAACUCUCUUGCUGUGCUGAUGUGGUGAAAUACAUAUCUGAAACUAGGUCAGUGGAGAAAGACUGUUCAUGAGAAACAACCACUCUCCUCCUUACAGUCCUGGAAAACAUUUUGAACUGCAUUUUAUUGUAGUUGUGAUUCUCUGAGUCUGUCGAAUAAGACGGAACCUUGUUCCCUUCUGAAUGGUGUCCUUGCAGUGUCCUCACUGCUUUGUAAUGGCCCAACGUUUCAGUUGGUUUACAUUCAUGUUGUUCCAUUUGGCUUUCGGCAGUGCCGGUAUUUGGGUCCUUUUUCUUGCCUUUGUCUAUUUGUACUAAACAAAAUGGAUGAUAUUUUUAAGAUCAAGAGAUUUGGGAGGGUUCACCCUGGAUUUUACAA